AUGGCUGACCCGGCCGCGGGGCCGCCGCCGAGCGAGGGCGAGGAGAGCACCGUGCGCUUCGCCCGCAAAGGCGCCCUCCGGCAGAAGAACGUGCACGAGGUGAAGAACCACAAAUUCACCGCCCGCUUCUUCAAGCAGCCCACCUUCUGCAGCCACUGCACCGACUUCAUCUGGGGCUUCGGAAAGCAAGGAUUCCAGUGCCAAGUCUGCUGUUUUGUCGUGCACAAGCGCUGCCAUGAAUUUGUCACCUUCUCCUGCCCGGGUGCUGACAAGGGCCCAGCCUCUGACGACCCCCGGAGCAAACACAAGUUCAAGAUCCACACAUACUCCAGCCCCACGUUUUGUGAUCACUGCGGGUCACUGCUCUAUGGACUUAUCCACCAAGGGAUGAAAUGUGACACCUGCAUGAUGAACGUCCACAAGCGCUGCGUGAUGAACGUCCCCAGCCUCUGCGGCACGGACCACACGGAGCGCCGCGGCCGCAUCUACAUCCAAGCCCACAUCGAGAGGGAGGUCCUCAUUGUUGUCGUAAGAGAUGCUAAAAACCUUGUACCUAUGGAUCCUAAUGGCUUGUCAGAUCCUUACGUGAAACUGAAACUGAUUCCUGAUCCCAAGAGUGAGAGCAAGCAGAAGACCAAGACCAUCAAGUGCUCCCUCAACCCCGAGUGGAACGAGACAUUUAGAUUCCAGCUGAAAGAAUCAGACAAAGACAGGAGACUGUCUGUAGAGAUUUGGGAUUGGGAUCUGACCAGCAGAAAUGACUUCAUGGGAUCUUUGUCAUUUGGGAUUUCUGAACUGCAGAAAGCUGGUGUUGAUGGCUGGUUUAAGUUACUGAGCCAGGAGGAAGGCGAGUACUUCAACGUGCCUGUGCCACCGGAAGGCAGUGAGGGCAACGAGGAGCUGCGACAGAAAUUUGAGAGAGCCAAGAUCGGUCCUGGGCCCAAGACUCCCGAAGAAAAGACGACCAACACCAUCUCCAAAUUUGACAACAACGGCAACAGGGACCGGAUGAAACUGACCGAUUUUAACUUCCUGAUGGUGCUGGGAAAAGGCAGCUUUGGCAAGGUCAUGCUCUCAGAGCGAAAAGGCACAGAUGAGCUGUAUGCCGUGAAGAUCCUGAAGAAGGAUGUGGUCAUCCAAGAUGAUGACGUGGAAUGCACAAUGGUGGAGAAGCGGGUGCUGGCCCUGCCCGGGAAGCCGCCCUUCCUGACCCAGCUGCAUUCCUGCUUCCAGACCAUGGAUCGCCUGUACUUCGUGAUGGAGUAUGUGAACGGCGGUGACCUCAUGUACCACAUCCAGCAAGUAGGCAGGUUCAAGGAGCCUCACGCCGUAUUUUACGCUGCCGAAAUUGCCAUCGGUCUGUUCUUCUUGCAGAGCAAGGGCAUCAUUUACCGUGACCUGAAACUUGACAAUGUGAUGCUGGAUUCCGAGGGCCACAUCAAGAUCGCUGAUUUUGGCAUGUGUAAGGAAAACAUCUGGGAUGGGGUGACAACCAAGACCUUCUGCGGCACCCCAGACUACAUCGCCCCCGAGAUAAUUGCUUAUCAGCCCUAUGGGAAGUCCGUGGAUUGGUGGGCAUUUGGCGUCCUGCUGUAUGAGAUGUUGGCUGGGCAGGCACCGUUUGAAGGGGAGGACGAGGAUGAACUCUUCCAGUCGAUCAUGGAACACAACGUGGCUUAUCCGAAGUCCAUGUCUAAGGAAGCUGUGGCCAUCUGCAAAGGGCUGAUGACCAAACACCCAGGCAAACGUCUGGGUUGUGGACCUGAAGGUGAACGUGACAUCAAAGAGCAUGCGUUUUUCCGGUAUAUUGACUGGGAGAAACUUGAACGCAAAGAGAUUCAGCCCCCAUAUAAGCCGAAAGCCAGAGACAAGCGAGACACCUCCAAUUUCGACAAAGAGUUCACCAGACAGCCUGUGGAACUCACGCCUACUGAUAAACUCUUCAUCAUGAACUUGGACCAAAAUGAAUUUGCUGGCUUCUCCUAUACUAACCCAGAGUUUGUGAUUAAUGUGUAG